CACUUUCACUUUCAGGCUAGUCUCUGUCUGAGUUCACACAGACAGACUGCCCAGAGGGCGAGAGAGAGAGAGAGGGUCUGUUUCUCUCACUCUGUCCAUUAGCCAAUUUAAAGGGUGAGCAGAGAGUGAGGUCUGUAAUAUACUGGGUCAACAGGGAAACAGAAAGGGAAAGGAGAGUGGGAGAGAAGGAAAGGGAAAGGCUGCAGCUUGACAGGCUGAGAGGUCGGAAAAUCCAAAGUGAGAGCACAGUGCAGAUUGCGUGAGAGAGAGAAGGGGGUGAGGAGAUUUGGAAAGUACCAGGGAGACAAAAGGAGGAAUUCUAAAAGAGAGGUCAACUAAACUGGAGUCUCAACAGUAGAGGAAAAAGAAAAGACUCAGAGCUCUCUCGCUCUCUCUGUGUCACACACUUGACGGAACUGCUGAGGAAACUUUGUCUACUCAGACCAGAGGACUUAUUUGAUCUGCGUAUUGCAUGCUUUCAACCACAGAAAUGGAGAAGUGGCCUUUCUCAUGAAGAUAAAAGGAUGUCACGGUCAGUUUUACUGUUGCUAUCAAUAUUGACACUCCAAGGUAGUGGAUGUGAUGACUUUUUGAGGGAUGUUGUCAAGAAUCUUCAAACCACCCUUAACUCAGACCACGCUGGAUUUCGUAAGGUGUUUCCUAAAAACUAUUGGAUUUCCCACCACUACAAUGUCAACCUGCUGUGCAGCACUGAUCCGUGUUGUGUGUUCCGAGCUGCGACUGUUCUCUCUGACUCCUGGCUCCAGCUGCGCAGCCAGCUGUGGCCAGAGCACCAUAGCUUCAAAUACAUCUCCAAUCUCAUACAAGCCCUGGAUGACAGGGGCAUGACAAAAGGGAGAUUUGAGGAUCCUGACCCUUCAGUUCUUCCCUCUGUCUCCUCCUCUCCAGAGAAACUUCUCAACUUCACUUCAUCUGUUUUCUCCAAAUGGCUGGAGCUGGGGUGCUCAACCCCGGUGGAUACUUGUCCCUUCCCCACUCUGGCCUCUCCUGCUGGGGAGGAAGAAAGGCCAGCUCUGGAAAGUAAAAAAGUGAGGUUAUUAACCACACGAGCAGUUCACAUACAACACAGGGAGAAUGAAGGGGAAACAGGGAUGAGGUUACACACACCUCCACCAACCAAUAGGAGCCCACCAUCCAAAGGUGGGCUCCUAUUAGUUCUUUCUGGGUCUUUAUAUAUAUUUUUUUACCUUUAUUUAACUAGGCAAGUCAGUUAAGAACAAAUUCUUAUUUACAAUGACGGCCUACAUUGGAGCCUCCUGUUAUGUGGACUGCCCUGGAUGCUACUGUAGAGCGGUUGCUAUAGUUACUGAACUGACAUGCACAUGUAAUUGUUGCACUGAAAGUACAAAUGCAGUCAAGAUUAUGUAUAGAAUAACAACCUUUUAAUUUACUGUCUGCACACCAGAGUUCUAUUAUCAUAGCUAUAAGAAACCGUUACAUACCCAUACAACAUAGCCAUAUGUAUAAAAAGCCAUAUUCUAUGCAAGCUAACUAAACACUAACAAGUGUUUUAUAUUGAGCAAGCUACAGCACAUAAAUUAUUGUCCAAUAUUUCUGAUCAAAUUCAUAGGAUGUUUACAAUGCAGUGGAAUGUGAAUAUUUUUUUGUUGGUCUUCAAUGAAUGUUUUUUUUUCUUUUUCUAUGAACUAUUGUACAUACUGCAUCUUGUAAAUAAAAACCAUGCAGCCGU